AUGACGCCCGCCGCCCUCCUCGUCGCGCUGUUGCUGUGCCCUGCGCCCCUUCCCGCCCAUUCAAGACCCACUGUGUCCCCCGAUGAAGAGCAAAACUUGCAUCACUACGUGCAAGUCUUACAGGACCUGCUGCUCAGUGUCCCGACCAAGGAGACAGACACUGAGCUCCACUCAACGUCUCCAACAAAUGUUUACUCCACAGGGUCGAAGUCACCGUGGCAGGCGAAGGAGGGCACGGGCAAGCCUCCCACGGAGCUGAACACGGCCAUCAGCUCCGUGAGCCGGGACACGGCACCUGUGGCCACGGGGGAUUUCUCACAGCCCACCCAGAAGAAGAAAACGACGGAGACGACCACGGCCUUCUGGUCCAUCAAGCCGAACAAUAUUUCUGUGGUCUUACGCACCAAUGAACCUUUUAUCGAAAAGGAGGAGCCCACACCCGAGCCCCAGCCCACGGGCAGGCAAAGCCGAUCCCCGCUGACCACCACCAUGUUCACCAUGAGGACCUGGACUACCACCCACUUCACCACGACGCCCGGGCGCCCGGACUUCGAGGUGACCCCGGAAUCGGAGGACGUCCCCCAGCUGUCGGGCGAUUACAGCGCGGAGAGGCAGAUGAUGGACAAGGACGAGAUUCUGAGGAAGAUCACGGACGUCCACUUCCUGGUGCAGCACCUGCCCCCCGGGGUGAGCAGCAGCCCCGAGAGCAGGGCGUACAUCAGGGCGUCCAGGGAGUACCUGAAGCGCAGCCUGGCGCUGGCCGCCGCGGCCGAGCGCCGGCUGGAGAAGAUGUACCAGUCCCCCAUCUUCACGGGGGGCCGGGCCGGCGGCGGCGGGGUGUCCGACGCGGACGCGGUCAUCAACACGCUGUACAACGCCAGGCCUCGGCUGUGGGAGUACUUGGACGUGAAAUCCCUGGCCCCCGAGGUGCGGUGGAAGGCCACCGCCGUGGUGAGCACGCUCAAGAGCAUACUGUGUGCGGGCCAAGCCGACAGCCAAACCCUUAUUAGGAAACUAUUAAGCAAUAAUAUAAAAAUUCUAAACCUACUUAAUAUUCCAAGACAAAACUGA